AUGCAGUUAGGAGCUCUAAGAAGGUUCAGACUAUCGACUCAUUUCAACUCUAUUGCGUCGAUGUUGGGUACAUUGAGCUACCAAUUGGUGUUUUAUGCACUUCAGGCGGCGGCGGGUUCUAUCAGGGGUGUUGAAGAGGACCUGCAGCAUUUGUAUAAACCUUUGGAAUCCGAUUCUACCAAAUGGGCCUGUUUGAGCGACCCAUCGAUAGUUUUGAGUUACUCGCAGAUCAACGACGACUACUGCGAUUGUCCUGAUGGUUCGGAUGAGCCUGGCACUGGCGCAUGCGGGGAACUGUCUAGAUUUUAUUGUCAAAAUGACGGCUUUGCUCCGAGGUACGUGGCAGGGUUCAAAGUCGGUGAUGGGGUGUGCGACUGCUGUGACUGCUCUGACGAGCCAAAUGGCGCAACAGCUGCUCCGUUUACCUGUUCUCAACUGCACGACCAAUUUAACACAUUAGUUAAAAGAGAGUUGGAGGGUUACGAAAAUGGCGUUACAGCCCUUCGUAAGCUUGAACGUCGACACGGCUUAGAUUCAAACAAAGAUAAUACAGUCAACCAACGGUCAGCUGUGGAAAAGCUAGAGGUUGAAGCUGACAUCGCCACACGGAACCACAAAGCUUGCGUUGCAGAACUGGCUGCCACCAAGGAAAGUUACCAUGACAAACUACAACAGGAAAACCCACUUAUGCUUCGGUUAGAGCAGCUUGAUAUCUCAAGUAUCACAAAUACAAUACACGACAUUUUUAGCCAAGCAGAAUACCUUUCGACUGCAUACCAGCAGCUCAUUAAGAUAUUGGAUACGCUCAAAGAUACCUACAACCCUAAUCUUAACGACGAUGUGGUGAAUCGCAACAUGCAAAGGUUCGAUCAUUUCAUGCAAAGCCACAAAAAAGAUAGUAGCGUAAGCGCCAAUUUAGAUCGCACUCAAAGGGAGCAGAUAAUAACCUACAUAAAUGAGGAACUUCCUGAAAUGUUUUUGAAAGGAUCGACUCAUUUACCACCUGAAGCCAUACAAGGGAAGUUUGGAAUGGCGAGAACCUUGGUAGACAUCAAACUCAAAUAUUGUGAGUCCAUGGUUGACACCCUUCAGGCUCUGACUGCAAUUAUGGAUGAUAUAUCCGCUAACCACAACGUCAAUUUUCAGGAUUCUGGAGUGAAAAGUGCGGUUACAACGUACAGAGACUUUUUAGCGAAAAAUGCCAGGAUUUCAGAGCCUCUCCAAGUUUCAAAGGAGAAUCUUGAGAAGAUAGAGAAUUUGGAAACUUUGGUACAAGCGGCCGCGCGCCAACUACUCAAUCCGUCAUGGGAGGGGAAAAAGACAUUCGCCACUAGCUUCAAUGGUUUGCUACGUAACCUGUACGAUACAUUUGGCAUUCGAAAGUCGAGUCUGUCGGCCGUCAAAUCCAAAAUCAUGGUUUUGGAGCAGAAAUGUGCUGCAUUGAGAAGAGAAUAUAGGGGGAAAACCGCAAGUCUUAAAGACAUCACAGAACAAUCACGUCUCGGUGCAGAGGACCCUGCUACAUCUGAUCUUCUUCAUCAAAAUAUGAAUAAACUUUUGGCAAAGCUUGCACCUGACAGCAUACAACAGAAAGUGGACAAUUACGUCUACCAAAUUUCUCUUAGUCCCGAAAGUGGAACUGUUAUCCAAAAAGAGGACAAGCCAGGAGGAAACCAAGUUGUAAUUGGUCGAUUUGACACCCACGGAUACGACCAGAAAUCAGCUUUCGAUCGCUACACGAAUGACUUGAGGCUAGAGUACUCAGACUCAGACUUGAUUACACAUCUGGAGAGCGACUUGGCUGAUUUACGUUUCGAGCUCCGUAUGGGUAAUCUGCCAGAGAAGGAUAGUGGAUUGAUUUUGCAGUAUUCACACGGAGACAAAUGUUGGAACGGACCUGCAAGAUCUGCACAAAUAUAUCUCCGAUGUGCCCAAGAAUUUAAGAUUCACAGUGUACAGGAACCUACCAGGUGCCAUUACACAUUCGAUAUCAGCGGACCCUUGGGUUGCAAUCCCAAUUUUAGAUUUAUACCCCCACAUUGGCUAUAA